AUGUGGGUUGUGAACCAAAGAGAUACAUCGUCUCGAGGUGGACUCCAAAUUAUGAUGGAGAACAUUCACUCCGAGACCUACUACGAGCCUAAAGAAUACGCGAGAAGACGAUACCAGGUAAACGAUCGCAAGAAGAUGAACAAGAUAACGAUAACGCUCACACCAAGGCCCACGCAUAAACAUUGUUGGAAGGGUGCGGGAGUGCAGGGAACAGAUGGAUAUACGGAGAGGCGGCAUGUCGCGUUUACGAGCUGCGAUAGGGUCAUGAGGGAUGGGAGAAGCGCUCGUCGAUGUGUUGACAGUUUCUCGCUAUACUCGACAUUGAAAUCUAACGCGUACAUGCCGCCAGGAGGGCACGGGAGUACGGGGAGCGGAUGGAUAUGCUACGGAAAGGCGGUGUUUCGCAUGGAGAAGUUGGGAGAGGUCAUGAGCUGUGGAAAGGCAACGAAAAAUAAACGGAACCAGGACACGUUAAACGACGAGCCACGAAUCAAGCGUCGGCAAACGCCGACGCUUGAUUUGGGCAUCAGAAACAAACAACCCACUCUCUCAUCUCAACCACCACCAUCGUCGACGACGCCCACCCAUCGCCACGUCACCACCAUCACCCGUGGUCACCACCACCCACAACGCUCGUCAACCGGCAACCACGACCACCAAACACGGGAACGCCACGUCACCGAUGCCACGUCGCUAUCAGCGACGUGGCAACCAAACGACGAACGACGACGACGUCGUCGUUCGUCGUCAUUCAGAGGUGAGUCCCCCCCCUCCUCCAUCCCAACCCACCCCGCUAACACUCACCAAAACGGGACCCAACGACAACCCAACAACCACGCGACACGACAACAAGAACGCGACACGACCGGCAACGCGACACGACGGCGACGCAACGCGACAACGACAACGCGACAACGACAACGACAACGCGACAACGACAACGCGACGCGACAACGACAACGCCCACAACGAGGGACGGACAGCACGUCAGCGCCCCACCACGUCAAAGGAGGGCCACGCGAACAGACGACCCACGCACCACCACGUCAACGGACCGCCACCACAUCAACAGACGACGCCCACGUCAACGGACAACGACGGCGACGUCAGCGGAAAACGACCACAUAA